AUGCUGCAGAGACAUGCUGCUGCGCUGCUGGGUACCGCGCUGCUGCGGCUGGGUGUAGCGCAUGCAGCAGCAGCAGCAACAGCAGCAGCAACAGCAGCAGCAGCAGCAACGGGCAACUACAAACAGCAACACGCGCAGCAGCAGCAGCACAGGUUGUGGCAGCAGCAGCAGCAGCAGCAGCAGCAGCAGGAAUACAGCAGCGAGAUGAGAAUACUAGGGCCUGGGGGAGAGCGCAUAAGCUGGAGUUGUCUGCAGCAGCAAGUUGCUGCUUCUGCUGCUGCUGCUGCUGCUGCAGUUGCUGCUUCUCGUCCUGGUCCAUACUACUAUCAGCAGCAGCAGCAGCAGCAGCUGCAGCAGCAGCAGCAACAUCUGGUUCCCUUCUCUGUUGCUGCAGCAGCAGAGCUGCUGCUAACUGCAGCAGCAGUAACAAACAAUACAGCAGCAUUUGCUGCUAUGGAUUGCUGCUGCUUCCUACAAAGAGCAGCAAAAAGAGAAACCUUCAUCGGGGCCAUACAUGAUGCUGCGCUGUUUUUCGUGUCAGCUCAGCCGUCUCUGUUGGGGGGUGUUGUCUCCUUUUUGUCUCCUUUUUGCUGCUGUCUUUUUCUUUGUUAUAGAGAAGCAGCAAUGGCUGCGCUGCAGGGAGCAGCAGCAGCAAUGCAUGCGCUCAGUCUUUCUCCUGUUGCUUAUGUUGCUGCUGCUGCUGCUGCUGCUCCUGCUGCUGAUGCUAGGGGAAUGCAAAGACACCAACAACCCCAGCAGCAGCAGCAGAUGCAGCAGCAACAUCAGCAGCAGCAACAGCAGCAACAGCAGCAGCAGCAGCAGCAACAGCAGCAGCAGCAGCUGCUGCUGCUGCAGCAGCAACACACUUGCGGCUCGUGGUCUCCGGUGCUGCCUGAUGGUUACCUGGCCUCUCUAGCAGCAGAAAAGCCAGCAGCAGCAACUGCAGCAGCAGCAGCAGCAGCAGCAACUGCUGCUGCUGCUGCUGCUGCUGCUGCUGCAGGAGUAGGAGGACAGAGACAGGAGACACAGCAGCACGGAUCUCAGCAGCUGCUGCUGCUGCUUGCUGCUGCAACAGAUGCUGCAGUAGAAGCAGCAGCAGUAACCCUAGAAGAUAUACACCCUCAGCUGCUGCUGCUGGAGAAGGCAUCAGCAACAAAAGCAACUGAAACAGCAGCAGCAGCAGCAGCAGCAGCAGCAGCAGCAGCAGCAGCAGCAGCAGCAGCAGGGGAUGAAGCAGCAGAUCUAUGGCUUGCUGCUGACUCGCUGCGGUGUCUCCGUUCCUCUCUCAGCUGUCUGCAGCUGCUGCUGCAUCUCUGGGUGGGCUUACACAAGGUCACUGCAGCAGCAGCAGCAGCAGCACCAGCAGCAGCAGCAGCAGCAGCACCAGAAGGAGCAGCAGCAGCAGCAACAGCGGAUACUGCUGCUGCUGCUCCUGCUCCUGCUGCUGCUGUUGCAGCAUUUGGCGAUGAAGGCAGAGCCAUGAGGGUCCUACAGGUUAUAGAGAUUGGUUUUGCUGUAUACCCGGCUCUGCGGUGUCUCUCCGCCUGGCGGCAGCAGCGCGAGGAGGAGUGUGGAGCAGCAGCAACAGCAGCAGCAGCAGCAGCAGCAGCAGCAGUAGAGGAAGCAGCAGCAGGAGCUUUUGCUGCUACUCUUCAAUGCCUAGCUCACUGCGUCGUUCUCCCCUGCUGCUGCUGGCCUUCUGCUGCAGCAAGAGCAGCAGCUGUGCUGCUGCUGCAGCGCCGGCUUAUGCGCCCCUGCUGCUUCAUCCCUCUACUCCGAAUCACUGAGACGCCGAUCCUCCCGCUGCUGUUUCGUUGCCUUCGCCGUGGCGUGCAGUUGCUGCUGCAGCUGCACGCUGAGGAGACAGCAGCAGCAGCAGCAGCAGCAGCAGCAGCAGGAACAAAACAAACAGCAGCAGCAGCAGCAGCAGCAGCAGCAGAUGAGAUCAAUGUGCAUUUUCUAAGCCCUAGAGAAGGAGACGAACUGGUGCUUGCUGCUGCUUUCUGCUGCACCUCAGCAACAGCAGCAGUAGCGCAUGCAGCAGCAGAAUGUCUCCUCGUGCUGCUGCCGCUGCUGGGACUGCCGCACCAGCAGCAGCAGCAGCAGCAGCAGCAGCAGCAGCAGCAGCAGCAGCAGCAGCAGCAGCAGAAGCAAAGUGUAGAACGUCUCCAUCAAUCUCUUAAAAAGGAGAUGGUGACUCUGAACCUGCUUCCUCCUGUUUUGCUGCUGCAGGGGAACGAGCAGCAGCAGCAGCCUUGUGCUUGCUGCUGCGUGCUGCACCCACAGCCGCAGCAGCAGCAGCAGCAGCAGCAGCAGCAGUUGCUGCUGCUGCAGCAGCAGCAGCAGCAGCAGACAGGAGAAUCACAACACUCUCUUAGAUUCAUGCAGGCAGCAGAAUGCCUUCGUUAUACUGCUGUGUCUCCCCGCUACAGCCAAGCAGCAGCAGCAGCAGCAGCAGCAGCAGCAGCAGCAGCAGGGGGGAACAGCAGCAACGAUAUUUCUCUUAUGGAAAGGGGACAGAGGAUGCAGCGGCUGCUGCUGCCGCUGCUGUCUUGUCUCCUCUCGCUGCAGCAGCAGCAAAACAUAGAUAGACUCUGCUGCCUCUGCAGCAGCAACACCCCGCUGCUGCUGCAGCCAGCAGCAGACAAAGCAGCAGCAGCAGCAGCAGCAGCAAGAGACACCAGCAGCAGCAGCAGCAGCAGCAGCAGCAGCAGGAAGAAGGAUGACAGCAGCACAGACACACACAAAGAGCCAGAGAGAGGAGACAGCAGCGGCUCUUUAAAACCACGAACCAGCAGCAGCAGCAGCAGCAGCAGCAGCAGCAGCAGCAGCAGCAGCAGCAGCAGCAGCAGGAGCAACAGCAGCAGCAGGAGCAGCAGCAGCAGCAGAAGAUUAUUAGAUUAUGAAGACAAAGAGAAUAUAUUUAUAUAUAAUUUAUGCAUGCGUUUGGAGUCUGAGUUGAGGAUGACAGCAGAUAUCGAGCGUUGGGGUUUUUUGUCUUUUUUUUUGUCUUCUCCUCCUGGCCUGUCUCUCCCCCCAAAUGUUUAUCUUUUUAAGCAGCAGCAGCAGCAGCAGCAGCAGCAACAGCAGCAGCAGCAGCAGCAGCGUGUGCUGCAGCAGCAGCAGCAGAGGCAGCAGCAGCAGCAGCAAAAAGAACGAGAACGAGGCAAUCUUUUCUCAGCAUUUGCUCCCAGCAGGCAGCAACCUGCUGCUGCUGCUUCCCCCUAA